AUGAUGCCUUUGAUCCCGCACUCACCCCCUAUGUUUCCGGGCACACACGUGCCCCUCUUUCCAGCCAUUCCUGCCCCUUGGCAUCAAGGAGGCGCUUGGACAAGUGAAAAUAUUUACGGAAGCCCGUUCUAUCCGGUAGGAAUGAUUAGUGGUCAGACGUGGUCUACAGGUCCGGCCUGGGGUCAGCAGUGGAGCACCAGUGACCAGACCGGAACAUGGCCACUUAAUGGUCAGUUCGGACAGAACGGACAAUGGUUUUCAAGUGACCAAAACGGCUUUAAUAGUCAGUGGCCAGUAAAUGGUCAGAAUGGAAUAUGGUCACCCAAUGGACAGAAUGGGCAAUGGGCAUUUUCUGGUCAAAACGGACAAUGGACGGACCAGUCUCAAUUUCGGCCGAAUUCAUGGGAAAUCAAUGGUCAACAGGACACGACCUUAACAAACACCGAUAACUUUGGUACCGGAAUGACAACCGGAAACAGCAAUCCAUGGGGAAUGUACAGACAAUUAACAAUAGACUCAUCGUUGAGGAACCAGGCUGCUGCCGGAAACCAGGGUACGUGGAACCAGCAGACGGGUUUCAACAACGGAUUCCGAUCUGGUACAGACCAGACUGGUUGGCAAUCCAUUGAUGGUUCCCUGCAGCGCGGGUUUCAGAGUGGGAUCCAGAGCAUCAAUAACGGGCUUCCGUCAUCAACUACAAGUUUUGGUUCCCCUUUCGGACUUAACCUUCCACCCUGGGCAGGCAAAAAGAAAUAA